AGCGUCGUCGGCUCGCUGAGUUGCGCGCCCUCACCAGCCAGGGCGCCAUGGCGACUCGACGGGCGGAAGCAGCCGGGCAGGCACGCCUGAGAGCGUCGCCACAAGCGAGGAGAGCAAGCGAAGAACUGGCUCCUUGGCCGACGCCCCUGAAGACCCACCGCGGUGAUCGGGACAAAACGCGAGACUUGCGUCUGGCGCCGCCUUUUCCGGCGCCCAAAACGGCGCGGGGGGAGAGGAGGAGCCCGGUGUCGUCACCACGGCCUUCCCCGCUGCGACCCGACUCUCCGGCGAAGCUUGCCCGGACUCAGAAGGCUGUGACAAGCCCGGCGCUGCCGGCAGCCACACUGCUGCAGAAGCGGCAGAUGGACGCCAAGGUGCAGCGCUUGCACUUCGUGGAGUCCGUCAGAGCGCAUCAGGUGCCAGUCCUGUCGCUUGAGGUCUUUGGGGCGCAAGCUCCGUUCCCAGAUCAGCCGAGCCGCAGCCGUCCGGGCGAGGGAGAGGAGUUCUUCACACCGCGCAGCUACUUGCCUGACUUCACAACGCUGGCAGAGGCCAGGUUUGAUUUCAAGCAGCGGGUGGGCGCUGUGCAGCGCUCCUGUCGCUUCUCGGCCACCAUCUUCGAAAGGUUGGAUGAUCUGAAAGAGCACAUGGCAAGCCGUUCCACCAGCUGCGGGUCCUGCGAAGAGACGCCGGUUGCUGAGCAACUGGAUCACAUUCAGAGGACUGCUGAAGAGCUGUUGUCCAGGUUCGCUUGAAUCAACUGAUUCCAUGCGCUCGGGGGAGCCUCAGACUGGAGCUCGGCUGGGUUUAAGGGAGCAGGAAAUGGAUGACCAUGUACUCACACGAG